CUACGUGUGUUCUUCUUCAUGUGGUGUGUAUUUUAUUUAUAUUAACGGUUUUUCCCAUUUAAACCCAAGAAAACCCAAGUGUGCCAGUGUAUAUUUUAUCAAUUGCUUGCAUUGAACAUUUUUGUUGGUUAAGUUGAUUGGUUCUCGUUUGAAUUGUCACUUGAUUCGUGCUCCGUCGUGUUUUGUGCGACAGUGUGUCGAUGUCAUCCUGCACUUUUGUGUGCCGUAUGUUUUGCCUCGAAUAGAAAAAAAACCUUUGAAUUAUCGAAAUGCGAUGCGAUGAUGUGUAUUUUAGGAGAAGAAAAAUGUGAUUGUGUUGUUCGUUUUUUCUCUCCAUCUUUUUUCAAUAGUUUUUUUUGUUCUAAAUCACAUUGAAUGAAUAAAACUGGAAAUAUGAAUUUGAAAAAAAAUGUAAUAAACUUUAUCGGAUUUAACUGUCGUGAAUUUACACGCCCCCAAUCCGCCUGUGCCUGUGGUUUAGAACUGACAGUAUUGUGCAUGUCAUCACACAGUAUUUUUUUUCUCUCAUUCGCUAUCUCCCUCUCUGUCUCCCUCAAUAUAUCCAGUACUCCAAACGAAUCACGUAGAUUAUUUAAUCAUUUAUUUUUCUCUUCAAUAUCACAAUCCGAUGCAUUUAUGCCUAUACUAAUAUGACAAAAGCAAAGCAAUGCGAAAAAAAAUUAAAUUCAAUUAAAAAUCCAACUAUUCCACUGAAAAUCCCAGAGACAAACGCAUAUUCAUGUAGUGUUUAGCAUCGUAUGUGUCUAUUGUGGCGAAACGAAAAAAGAUUAUAAUCGUCGUCUAGUUAGAUAGUUUUAGUGAAUAUUUGACGCGCGAUUUUGACCUAGAACCGUCCAGCUACGAGCAGCAAUCGUGUGAUUUGUUGAUUUCUGAUCGCUUCAAGUGAAACGAGACAAUCAUGUGACACUUUUAAACAUGUUGAAAUGCGUCGAUUCAAAUGCAUACAUAAUUUUAAAAAAAAACACACACACAUAUAUAUAGAGAGAGAGAGAAAGAGAGAGAGUGAGCGAGUGAGAGAGAGAGAAAAAUUCCACAUUGAAUUUCAAGCUCCAUACAAUAACUGGGCUAUAUGUGGUUGAAUGUCACCGAGGAAAACCUUAAGUGUAACCGAGUUACUAAAAUCAAUUCGAAAGAAAUUUCCGUUCAAAUCGAAUUUUAUUCAUUUAUUCAUACACUGGUAAACUGGUUUACAGCAAAGCAAACAACAGCAACAACAACAAAAAUCAAUUCGAAAUAUAAAAAAAAAAUGUGUGUAUGGGCCAAACGAUACAAAGACGAUGAUUAUUCACACAUAGCCUUUGAACGAGUGUGAAUGAAAACCAUCGUAGUUUUAAACUAGUUAUUGUUGUUGCUUGUUUGCUUACCGCUGCCUUCAUUGCUGCCGCUGCUGCUGCUGCUGCUGCUACUGAUGAUGAUGAUUUCUAUACGAUUACUCAAAUGAGAUGGAUAUUUCAGCGAAUCAAAACAUUGCGACGCGAUUUUAGAUACAGAUAAAAUGUUUGUUCUAUGCUUUGAGAACACAGAAUCUCGACGCUUUUUCGAAUGUUGUUGUUGAAAUGAAAUUUUUGAACGGGAAGAAUUUUGCGUGUGCGCGAAAGAGUCAAGAUCGUAAACGAGUGAGCGUUCCCAAACUCUAGGGUUUUUUUUUCUUCGCUUGUGUUUAUGCCUCUUGUUCUAGCUUUCAAAUGGAUGACAAAGUUGCGCGUCAUGUGUUGCCGUAAAGGAAUUGCCACACGUUUUUUUUUUUCUCCUCUGUUGGAAGAACCAACAAAUUUAAUUCUUUUUUCGUCUUUCUUCGCAUAUUCUUCCAGAAAAAAAAAACAUAUAUGUAUAUAUUCGGCGAAUCACAUUUAGUCGGCUUGUUUUUGUAUACAAGCAAAAUGCGCUCUCAAUAGUUUCAUGUAUAUAAAUAUAUAUAUUUAUCAGUAGGCAAAAUGAAAAAAAAAGAAGCGAAUGAAAAAAAAAACACACAACACAACAUCGAGUCUCUCUCAAGAAAUGGUUUGCAAAAUGUGUGUAUGUAAACGCCACGUACAGUCAGUGGUUGAUAUUGAUCAAGUGAACGCGUUUCUGUUGGACCAACUGUGUUUCUGUCAUAACUUGCAUCGUUUUUAUUUUUUAUAUCUAAUAAGGCAAAAUAUACGGCGACCGAAAUUUUCAAUGAUAUUGAAAUAAAAGCAUACAUCGGUACAUCAAACGCAUAAAACGACAAUUAUUCAACCGUCGACCCAGAAAACAAUUCGAAACAGAAAAAUUCAACGAAAAUUAAAUAACAAAAACAAAACAAAAAUUAAAUAAACCGACAACAAAUUCAGCGGAAGAAGAAACAGUCGUGAGUGGGAUUAUUUGAAUACGCAACGAGAAAAAAAGGGAGUCGACAACGUCAACGAUUACUUGGAUUAACAACAUAGUAACUGCAUUACGAAUAAAGCAAAAAUCAACAGCAACAUCCUUAUAAUCCUAUCACCAUUGAUUGGUUUCCAAUGAAGUAAAUGUGUUCAGUUCAACCAGCAUCAGCAAUACAACAAAGGAACAAUAUUUGUGAACACUCGAUCAUUAAACGUCAGCGCAAUUCAAUUGAUAAAAGACAACAACUACAACUAGCAUCAAACCUUGGCAGCAAAUAAUUCAUUCGAUACGAACUCCAUCAAAUCAGCUCAAAGCGACUCUAAUUUCAUAGGACAAACAAACCAACAACAACAACAACAACAACAACAACAACAACAACAACAACAGCAGCAGCAGCAACAACAAAAAUCACACCAAGGAAAUCACAUCACUUUGUUCAAUCUUCAAAUCUACUACUCGUAAGCGGAAAAACGUUACUCACCAACCCCCUAGCACAUACACUCAACCAACACUAUUACGUACACCAUUAUAUUCAUUUAAAAAAAAAGAAAAAAAUCGUCGUAGAUAGUUCGAAAAGAAAGAAAUAAAAGUGCCUGAAUUUAAUUGUGAUACUCACCACUUUGCUUAAAUUAUACACAUCGCAAGUACACACACUCAACACAAAACACAUACACCAAUCAAGCAUUCGCCGUUUCAAAAACAAAACAAGAGGAGAAACAACAACAACAACAGAUCAUUCAAAUUUUAUUUAUCGCAAGCGUCAAACGAUUUAUGUAGUUCCACACAAAGCUGGCUUUUGUAAUAUUGGUUUAAAGUUGGCGCAAGUGUUUCCUGAUAUUUAAUUGACAUUAAAACAAAAAAAUACGAAAUUCAGACGAAUUUCGCUGAAACGAAAAACAAAAUCUCAUCUCGCAAACAUUGAUACUUAGUUCAACGUCAAGUGUCAGAAAGCGCAAGCAACAGACGUAAACAUAGAAAAAAAAAGCAUAACGAAUUUCAAGCGAAUUGAGAAGCGAGUCCACGAAUUGAACAUUCGAAAUAUUGCGGCUAACAUUACUGAUGUUAAUGAAAUUGAUAAGGCAUUUAUGCAUUAAACGAGUAAGAAUACAGUACUGAACUGAAUUGGCAGCAGCAGCGAUCUAUGCGGGGCAAUUAUCGGCGAAAGGACAAAACGAAUUAAUAAAACAACAACAACAACAACAACAAAAUCAACAACCACAAAACCACCAUAGAAAAAGUAAACGAAGCCAAGGCAAAUUCCAACUGCGCCGAUUUCCGAUUGCUGUGACAAAAACGUCUCUCUCAUUCUCUCUGUGUGGUUGUGUCCGAGCGCGCACACACAAUUGAAAGAGCGAACAAACAAGUGAAUCGAAUCGAACGAUACAUACACACACACACACACACAGACACACACACAGACACUAGAGCCGAAAGAGUGAAAUAGUUGUUUGGAAGUCAAACCGAUUUGUCAAACCAGUUUGACCUCUAAUGUUGUAAAUGGCUACUAUCUUUGAAGCAGUUGCGAAACAGUCCCAAAAUAGCCAACAGAGUCAAUCGCAACCAGAGUCGACAGCAAAUCAAACGGCACAGCACUUUACGGGCAAUUGCGUCACAAAUGGGUUGUUUCUGUUCGACGAACCAUCCACAUCGAUUAAUAUGUUAGAUAAUUGGCUACUACCAUCAAAGCAAUCGCGGAGCAGCCUCGAAGCAGCUAAACGCAAAAUCAAUCCAAAUCAAAGUGGCCCAUACCAUACGAGCAUCGAUACGGUGGUAUCGGAUCAUCACAUCGACCUACUGACAUCGCAACAGCAUUUUCAAUUCCAGCAUCCACAGCAUCCACACAAUCAAGCGCAUUCACUAUUUCUAUCGCCAUCGAAUAUGGACACGUCACAAUUAUCGCAACAAUCGUCGUCACUACAGCAACCCCAACAACAAAUGCAGCAAACUGAUCAGCUGCAAUCGUCGCCCAAUUGUUCUUUUGAAGGUGGAGAUGCGACGUACCAUUUCAAGACGCUCGUUCCGGCCGUGGCCGCCGGAGCGAUUAUCGGGAAAGGUGGCGAAACGAUUGCGGCCAUCCAAAAAGAGACAGGUGCACGUGUUAAAAUGUCCAAAUCACACGACUUUUAUCCAGGUACACAGGAACGUGUUUGUUUGAUUACCGGCUCGAUUGAAUCAAUAAUGACCGUAUUAGAUUUUAUAAUGGACAAAAUACGGGAAAAACCAGAUCAAACACCAAAAUUGACCGACAUCGAAACGAAACAAGCUCAAGAACGGGACAAACAAGUGAAAAUUCUUGUACCAAACUCAACGGCUGGCAUGAUAAUUGGCAAGGCUGGCGCAUACAUUAAGCAAAUCAAAGAGGAAAGCGGUUCGUAUGUACAAAUAUCGCAAAAACCAAAGGAUAUAACGCUGCAAGAGCGUUGCAUUACGAUUAUCGGCGAUAAGGAAAACAAUAAAGUGGCUUGCAAAUUGAUAUUAGCAAAAAUUAUGGAGGAUCCAUCGUCGGGAACAUGCUUGAAUGUAUCGUAUGCCGAUGUUAAUGGCCCGGUAGCCAAUUUCAAUCCAACUGGAUCACCAUAUGCGGCCAACCAAACAACAAUUAGUUCAAGCACUGCGUCACUUAAUUCAACUCCGUCACUUAGUGCACCAAAUCUCCUGGUUAAUGGUAGCGGCAUUAAUUUAUCAUUAAAUCUAGGACCAACGAAUAAUUCAAACCCAGCACUUAACACACAAAUUAUAGAUCACAUCAAGGUUGCCAUGCGAGGAUUUGGUUACUUAGAGCCGGUUUUAAAUGAAGUUGCAGCAGCUUUAGGAAUUCUUGCCAAAUACGGGUCGCUUGGGGUCGGAGUUGGUUUGACACACACCAAUGGCACGACCCCAAUCAGUUAUUUGAAUGUAACACCAUUGGAACAGAGUGUGACUGCAAAUAGUGUAUUCGGUGCCAUCGGUCAAGUCAAUUUAGAUUCAUUUAUUGGCGCAACAUCGCCAACGCCACGCGCAUCCAUCGAUCGCUUUGAAACCACACAGUUCGAUCCAUUUCGUCAUGCAGGACAACAAGCCGCUGCACCAAUUUCAAUAAAUACAAACACCUAUGGCCUGGCGACAAAUUCAUCGAUCGGUGCUGCUGCUGCUGCACAAACACUGGGUGGACUAAGCAAGAGUCCAACGCCAGCCGAUGUUGGCCUACGCGAUUCGAAAUCCGUCGAAGUUGCCGAAAGCAUUGUUGGCGCUAUUCUAGGUCCAAAUGGAAGCAGUUUGAUUGACAUCCAAAACAAGAGUGGCGCAACAAUUCAAAUUUCGAAAAAGGGCAUGUUCGCACCCGGUACAAAGAAUCGUAUAGUCACUAUUAGCGGUGCACCGAGCGGCAUUCAACUGGCUCAUUUUCUCAUCGAGCAAAAAGUAGCCGAAGAGGAGACGAAACGACGCAACCAAAACACAUUAACAGGAAUUCCGGGUAUCAUGCAAUAGGGUUAAACGAAACAAUUUCAUGUUUUAAAAAAGCUCUCGCCAUUCGCAACGAGCUUUGACGAAACGCUACGAGCGAAACGAACAUAAAGAAACAAAAAAACAACAACAACAACCGACGAAGAAGAAAUAUAUAAGUUGAAAAGUUGAAAAAGAUCACACAAAACAACAACAACAACUACAACAGAAAUAUAAAAAACAAAUGAUACGCAGAAAUAAUCAAAGAAAAGAAGACGAAAAAGGAAUGAGUAACGAAUAAAGAAAAAUAAAGAGAAGAAGAGAUAUAAGUUCGAUGAUGAGGAUAAUUGUUUUUAUUUUCAUAAAAAGUGUGAAAAUUUUAGUCAUGCAUAGAUCAAUGCAAUCGGCAUGUACGACAAGUGUAUGUGUUACCUAUUCAUUUUUCGAUGGUCAGAGACAGUUGAUAUACAAAUACUAUAACUAAAACAAGAACAGAAUAAUAAUUAUAAUAAAUGAAAACAAACAACAACAACAAAAAUACUAAUUAAAAAUAAUAAUAAUUGUUAUUAAUGUAGUUCAAUGCAUAGCCCAAAGUAUGCAUAAACAUUAUAUUUUUUGACAACAGAGUAAAAUAUUUUAGAUUUUUAUUAUAAUUUUUUUUCUUCUCUUUUUUGUUUUGUUUUCUUUUUCAAACAAUUUUAAUGAAAAUCACAUGCAUAUUUUUUAUCUUGAAUAAAUCUUCUUUUAUUCUUUUUAAAGAUAGUGAAUAACCGAACCAUUUUUAUUUUUAUUUUUUUAUCAUUUAAUUCCGUUGUAAUUGAGUUUUUUUUUUUCGUUUGUCGGUAGGGCAAAAUGUGUUAUGCAUAGAAAAAAAAAAUGAAGAAGAAAAACAUUCUCACAUCCACAGUUGAAUACAAAAAAAAACACACAAACACAAACACCAUUCAUUGACUUACGUAAUAAUUGUUCAGUUUGAAAAUUGUCAUUAUGCUCAUUAGAAGAAAAAAAACAGCAAAAACAACUGCAAUCAUUUCUUUAGAACUAUGUUGACACUUUUCCCAUUCGAAAGAACGUUAAAAAUGAAUAAUAAAAUAAAAUAUGAUGAAGAAUCCAAUUUGUUUCAGGCAUAGUUUUAGUUAGCUGUACAUUCAAAAAUUAAAAACAAAAAACUGUCAAAUGCAAAACAUGUGUGUAUAUAUUUGCAAGUUGCAAAGUUAGAUAUGCUUAAAAAUGUACAUUUUUAAUCGUUUUUGUUGAUGAAAUGAAGAAAAAAGGAAGAAAGUGAAGUGGAUAAAAUCCAAAAAUGAUGAAUUAGGCAUAUAUGUUGAUUUAAAUUCAUGUAAAUGUUCUCACUAAACACAUUCAAUUUUUUUUUUCUUCGGCGUUUGCCAUCUUCGACUGGCUGGCCCAGCCGCUGUUUGCUGGCCCCCAGCCACGAUGAAUGCAUUGCCAAUCUAUUCAAUAGGAAGAGUCAUUUCUGUUUAUUUUGUUUUCAUUUUUUUUUUUUUGCAUAUAGAAAAAACAUAAACGACGAAGAAGAAAUAAAAAGAAAAUGUUAUAUUUAUCUUAUGUUGUUAAUUUAUAAAAGGUUUAUGAAAGAGAAAAGAAAAUCACACACACACACACACACACACACACGUCAUAAAUAUAUAUAACUAUAUAUACCAAUAUUCAAAUUAGGUAAUGCAACAAUGUUAAUUCUUUUUUGUUUUGUUUUCUCCAAAAAAAAAAUCACUCGACAUGAAUUAGAUCAUCUUCACAACAACAACAAAUAUUGAUUGUUACAUUUACAAUGAAUGAAAAAAGAAAAAACUAAUUACACAUAAAUAAACAAAUCGAGUCACGCGCGCGCAUUCACUUUAAAAAGAAACAAACAACAACAACAAAAAACAUUUCGAGUAAAGACCUCACUUACUCACUCACCAAAACACACAACACACAUACAUAUUUACAACAUGUUUCCAAGUGAAUCAUUUCUUUUUUGCUGCAAUAUUUAAAAUAAUGAAUGAAAAAAAAACAAACAUUAUAAACAAGAACCGAAACAAAGAAUUGCAAACCAAUUUACACAACACUGACGGGGACUCUACACUGCAUCGUGGUCAUGUGUCAAAAUGUUAUUUUAUUAUUAUUAUCUAUUUUUAGUUGAUUUAAGCAAAAGAACGACAGAGACAGAGUAAAGGAGAAACAAUACAUUGUAUAGAAAUUUAAAAAGAAAACACGUGAACAUGAAUUAAAACAACACACACACACACACAUACACAGAGAGAAAAUUUAUUCUAAACGAGAGACAAAAAAAAAAAUUUAAUAAAUUGUUUUAAUAAUUUUAACAAACAUAUAUGAUAAAUGAAAAGGUGAAAAAAAAAUUUGCGUGAAAUUGAGACGGAACAAAAUUAACUACAAAACAUUGUGAGGGAUUUAGUACGCCAAAUUGUACUAUUGAUAGUAAUUAAUUAAAAAAUGAAGAAAAUAAAAAGCAUAAAAAAGAGACAAAAAAAUACAACAACAACAACAACAACAACAGUUAUCUAGAUAAGGAUAAAUUCAUCUAAACAAAAAAUGAAAGAAAAAAAAAACCAUUAAUAAUUUCACCAUACAUCGUAAACUCGUGAUGUUGUUUUUAUAAAUAGUAAUAUGUAUAGAAAUACAGGAAGAAUAUUACUGAAAAUAAUUAAAAGAAAUAAAUAAAUUCUGAUAGGUCUAUUAUAAUUAAACACGUAAUAAGAAAUAGUACCGCAGUCGGGUUGGGGUAAUUAAAAAUGAAAACAUGCGUUUAAGCUAAAACAACAACAACAACAAAAAAUAUGAAUGUAGCUGUCUCUCAACAUGGAAGCAAAACAAAAAUAACAUACAUACACACAAAAACACAUAACUGAUCGAUUAUUUGAUUAAUGAGCCUAAAUGAUUUUCUACGAAACAAUCACAAAGUUUAAGAGACAAAUCAAAAUUCGAAUCAAAGAGUCAAAAUAGGAAAUAUUCAACGAUUUUUUUCCCCCGCUGCAAAUGAGUUGUUGACACAUUUUUUGUUCGAUUUUUUCGUUGGACAUUUUUUUCAUUCUUUGUUUCCGUUCGAUUUAAUGGAACACAAUACGAAUUAGAGUGAAAAAUUUGAUGAAAAUAACGAUAAUAAAAAAGACGAAACCAUAAGUCGACAAAUAAAUUCCCAUUAAAUUUAUAAAAAAAUUAAUGAUUCUUGAUUUUUGGAUGAAAAAAAAAAUCUACGCAAAAUUCAAGCUCACAAAUAGAAAUUCAAGGUAAAAAAAAAUGUCGAUUCACGAAUAGCAUCAUCUGUGCGGCAACAUACGUCAUCAUGUCAAUCGAAAAAGAGAGAAAAAGUAAAAGAUAUUACAAGAAAAAGAUUUACGACAAAACAAUGCGUCGAAAUGCCUAAUUGACAUAUAAACAAGUAUUUUAGUUUCCAUCAUUCAAUCGAUAUACACUUACAAUGUGGUUAUAGCCAAUGAAACGAGAUACAAUUUAAGCAAAAACAAUCGAAUUAGUCGAAACAAGCAAAAAAAAAAAUACUAAACAAUUCAUCGGGCGAUACUGAUUUUUUGUAUGACUGUGUUGAAAUAACUGAAAAAAAACCAACAAUACGUUCUUUUUUCUUAUUCUCAUUUGGUUGAAAAUUCGGGAAGGAAAAAAAUGGAGAGACAAAUAAAUGCUUUCCGCUUCAAUUAAUUGGAUCUGUAACACUUUCGAAUAUUUUUCCACCAAGACUAGCGUUCAAUGGUGUUUGUGAGUAACGUUACGCUUCACAGUCCGUUUACAUGAUUUAACUUAAUGGAUAUUUGACCAUAACCAGGUCAAUAUUUUUCGUCUAGUUAAAUGAAGUGCCAUUAAAUGUAAGCAUUGAACUGUUUACCGCAAAUGAAUUGUCUCGUUGGUCACAAACACUGCACCCAGUACAACACAACAAAAGAUGUUCAUCGAUCAGAGCAAUUGAGAGAUAGAGAUAGAGACAGAGACACAGAGAGAGCAAGCGAGUGAAUGGACCCGGGAUAGUUGGAAAGAGUAUUAGGAGAUAGCUUUCAAUCAUUCGGUCAAAAUUAUCAUUUUUCUUCGUUCGUUCUUUGUUUUUUUUUUAAUUUAGAAAUUCAUGAAAGAAUAUUUCGAACGAAUUUAAAUUAUUCAGUAAUUUAUAAAGACACACCAAGCACAUAGCCACUAUGAUAUGAUUCAUUUGACAUAACGCGUUUCAAUUUAUCAGCCAUCUAAAAAAAACCAAGCGAAUCAAUAAAACAACGUAGCCAUUUUACAUUUAUUCGCCUUUAUUGUUCAAUUCAGUGAAACACAUUUGAAAACGGGGAAACACAUUGGAAUCGUCAGUCCGUUGCAUUGCGACUACUUCAAAUCAAUUUCCAACGAUCACCAACACACAUAAGCGCAAUCGUCUAAUAUGUUUCUCCUCAAAUCCAAUUAUAAUUUUGUAUCACCCCACACGAAAAAGCAUCACAAUUACCACCCUUCGUCACCGCCUCAAAUUGUCACUUUUUGAAGAUUUCAACAAACACUCAACAACAAACAAAACAUCCAUAAAUAAAUAAAAGACAAAUAAGUUAAAUUAUUUCGCCUCAUUUUGCAAAUUUUACAUUGUGGAGAAAACUUGAGAAGAGAGAGAAAAGAAAAGAAAAGAAAAACCAAAACCUGUAAUGUGACGAAGAGCCGAACACGUUAAUUUAUAGAUAGAAUUACAUCACUCUCGAAAAUCAGCCAUAUCUGUUAUUAAUAUACCUUGUAGUAAACGCGUUCAUAGUGUUUCACUGUAGUAGCGGUGUAUCCUAUUAAAUUUUCUUGUAGUAAUACCACAGUGGAAUUUAAUAGGAUACUUUGCUACUACAGUGAAACACUAUGAACGCGUUUACUGCAAGGUAUAUUAAUAACGGAUAUGGCUGAUUUUUGGGAGUGAUGCGAAGAGAAAAUGUAUUUAACGAUUUUUUUUCGUUUUGUUGUUUUUUUUUCUUGGUUAUUUUCUAUUGUUGUGUCAAAGCAAAGAAACACAUUCGAAGAAUAUGUGAGCAAAAAAAAGAAAGAAAGAAAAAAAUAGUUACCUCUUUUUCCAUUUUAUUUGUCAUCUUAGAAAUGCAAUGUUAAUUGAAUUUUAAUUUAAAUAAAAAAAAGUGAAAAGAAAAAUAAAGCAAAAACAAUUCUGUAAAUAAGAUAUUUAAAUAUAAAAAAUCUACCUAUGGAAAUAUAUAUAUAUAUUUUUUUUUUCGUUGUUUUUGACAUGAAAACAAUACAAAUGGCAUAAUAAGAACAUAAUCGAAAUGAGAGAAAACUAAAACACAUUGAAACUAUCUUUUAUGUAAUGUUCAUUUUUUUCGUUGUAAUCUAUGUUGCUGUUAUUGUAUAGAGAAACAAAAAAAAAACAAAAUGAAUAAUUUAUAGGGUUAAAAAAUUGUUUUCAUUUCUUUAAUACGAUUUCCGUUUCUUUCGAUUUUGCUUUCCCAUUUGUUCCAUUGAAUUUCGUUAUUCCAUCUCAUGUCCUUUCUCAACUUUCCUCCCAAAUUCGAACACAUCGACUACGAUUGAGCUCCUCCUCUUUACUUUUUGAAAAGGUCCUUUAUGCCCAUGAGUCAUUUGUCGGAAACUUUUAAGCAGAAGAGCACCAAAACUCACGAUCAGUUUUGCGAUCACGGUUUAAUGUGAACGAUGAAAAAAAAAAGAAAACGAAAGAAUGUGUGAAAGGAUUUUGAUCGCCAAAUGCAAACAUAUUUUAACUUUAGCAGAAGAGAAACUGAAAAUAAGCAAAUAGCAACUACCAAAACAUUAUAAUAAAUAGUGUAUCUAGAACAGAAAUUUGCAUAACAUACACAAAACACAUUAUGAGAAGGAGGAAAAUCACAUACACACAUGAUCCACAAGAAGAUUUCAAAUGUUACUGACUUAUGUACGCGAAUGUGUUGAACGAUUGAGAGAGAGAGAGAGAGAGAGAGAGAGAGAGAGAGAGUGAACGAGAAAGAGAAAGAGAGAGUAAUUAGUGUUAGACUAAGUUACCAAGUGCAAAAAAUAAGUACUAAUAAAAAAUUUAUUUUUUAUUUAA